UGCAGCAGCCGAGCCGCUGCCCGGGCGGCGGAGCGCAGAGAGAGCCAUGGCUCGGGAGGGCGAGCGGCGCGGCAGGCUCCCGCCGCGGCGGCGGGGCCCGGCCUGACCGAGCGGGGCCAGAGCACCGGCCGGGCGGCGUCACCCGGCAGCGGGGAAAGCAACGAAUAAAGACAGAGCCGAGAAGAAGGGAAAAAGGAAAAAAAAAAGGAAGAUCCCGCAGCCCCGCGGCAGCAGCAGCACCGCCGCCAGCCCGCAGCGCCCGCCCGCCGCCGCCAGCCAGCGGGAGGAACCGGCCCGCGGCCGCCGCGAAGAGCCCCGGGACGCCCCGCUCCCCACCAGAUAGAUGUGCGGUCCGGCCGCCCGCCUGGCCGACGAUGAACGCGCAGCUGGCGAUGGAGAACAUCGGCGACCUGCACGGGGUGAGCCAUGAGCCGGUGCCCGCGGCUGCCGACCUGAUGAGCGGCAGCCCCCACCACCGGAGCGCCGUGGCCCACCGCGGCAGCCACCUGCCCGCACACCCGCGCUCCAUGGGCAUGGCGUCCAUCCUCGACGGCGGCGACUACCACCACCACCACCGGCCGCCCGACCACGCGCUGACGGGCCCCCUGCACCCCACCAUGACCAUGGCCUGCGAGACCCCCCCCGGCAUGAGCAUGAGCAGCACCUACACCACGCUCACCCCGCUGCAGCCUCUACCUCCCAUCUCGACGGUCUCGGACAAGUUCCCUCACCACCACCACCACCAUCACCAUCACCACCACCCCCACCAGCGGAUACCGGGCAACGUGAGCGGCAGCUUCACGCUCAUGCGGGACGAGAGGGGUCUGGCAUCUAUGAACAAUCUCUACACCCCUUACCAUAAGGAUGUUACCGGCAUGGGGCAGAGCCUCUCUCCGUUGUCUGGAUCGGGCCUGGGGAGCAUCCACAACUCCCAGCAAGGGCUGCCCCACUACGCUCACCCCAGUGCCACCAUGCCCGCCGAGAAAAUGCUCACCCCAAAUGGAUUUGAAGCCCACCACCCUGCCAUGUUGGCCAGGCAUGGCGACCAACACCUCACCCCCACCUCCGCUGGCAUGGUGCCUAUCAACGGGAUCCCACACCACCCCCAUGCCCACUUGAAUGCCCAGAGCCACGGGCAGAUCCUGGGCUCUGCCAGGGAGCAAAACCCUUCUGUAACUGGUUCGCAGGUCAACAGUGGAAGUAAUUCAGGGCAAAUGGAAGAAAUCAAUACCAAAGAAGUAGCUCAGAGGAUCACCACCGAGCUCAAACGGUACAGCAUCCCCCAGGCUAUCUUCGCCCAGAGGGUGCUGUGCCGCUCUCAAGGGACCCUCUCAGACCUGCUGAGGAACCCCAAGCCCUGGAGCAAGCUCAAAUCCGGCCGGGAGACCUUCCGCAGGAUGUGGAAGUGGCUCCAGGAGCCGGAGUUUCAGCGAAUGUCUGCUCUGCGGCUGGCAGCGUGCAAGAGGAAAGAACAAGAGCACGGGAAGGAUAGAGGGAAUACACCCAAAAAGCCUCGGUUGGUCUUCACGGAUGUCCAGCGUCGAACUCUACAUGCAAUAUUCAAGGAAAAUAAGCGUCCGUCCAAAGAAUUACAAAUCACCAUUUCCCAGCAGCUUGGGUUGGAGCUGAGCACCGUCAGCAACUUUUUCAUGAAUGCACGGAGGAGGAGUCUGGAUAAGUGGCAAGACGAGGGCAGCUCCAAUUCAGGCAACUCAUCUUCUUCAUCAAGCACUUGUACCAAAGCAUGAAGGAAUAACCACGAACUAAACCUCGGUGGAAAAGCUUUAAAAAUUAAUAAAUAAAUAAAGACAGACCAGGACCUCAAGAUAGCAGGUUUAUACUUAGAACUAUUUGAAAUAAAUGUUAUUUAUAAGUCCAAAGAAACCAAAGACUUAUUUCACCUGCAUUAUGACUUUGUUCUAAGACACACACUUUAGUAGGACGACGACUUGCAAAGAACAGAGGAAGAAGAAAGUGAAAUGGAGGGAACAAAAUGGAAUGCAAAGAGAAGAAAAGCAGACCACUGGUUUUACACCUUUGCCCAUUCUCAUCUUCACCGUACUUGGCUGUUUAGUGGUUUGGAGCAUAGUGAUUUCUUGUCAUUGAACGGACAUCUCUUCAGAUAUGGCUCUUCAUUUCCACAGCAAUUGCCAUGAAGGUGUAUAACGUACACACCAGUGGUUAGGGACUUAGUCAGGGCUGGUCUUCAGAGAGGGUUGUGCCAUGGCACGACUGACAAAGCGUGGAGUCGUCUGAAUUCAUUUGAACGGUAGUGUGAAUUUUGCUGUUUCAUGGUUUGAACUUAACUGGUGCAAUGCCCGGAAGCAAGUUCAAACUAGGCAAAGAAAUUUUGAAUGGUACCUAAACCAGUGCAUUCUCUUUGUUUGUUAAGGAAUGUUCAGAUUUAAAAAAGGAAAACUAUUCCAUCCAUUAAAAAAAAAAAAAAUCGACUAGCUACCAAAGAACACAUUUAAUAAUUAUAUUGCAGGUAUUUUAUUGCAAUGAUUUUACUAUUCCAAAGCUAUUUUUACACAAAAUACUAUGUAGAGUUAUAGGUAUAAACUAAUCUAACUGUAUAACACAUAAAACUUGUAAUCAAGACUGUUAUUUACAAUUAGUAAAACCACUAAUUCCGUGAUUGGCAAGAAAGAAUGUCAUCUGAGGAGAUUACAGCCCCUUUUGGAGCACAGAUACUGAUAAAGGGAUGAUGCUUCCAUUGAAGUCAGUGAGCCCUUCUGCUGCUGACUGCACUGGGAGCAAAAGAAGGGCCGCUAUUGCCACGUGUAAGGCAGUGUGGCAGCUAUCGUACCUGCAUCCCCUUAUUACCGUCUCCCAGGCUGACAUUGCUGGAAGCCCAUUGAACAGCGCUCUUUGCAAACCGUGCAUUGUAUAUAAAUGCAGCUCAGCUCUGCCAUCUAGCCUGCAAACAGGAGACCUGAGGCACUUUGUAUGCAAAAAUGAAACGAAUUACGAAAUGUAAAACCACAGGGCUCAGCAUCUGAUCAAUACUCGUUGACAUUAGUGAGCUUUUUUUACCUAUUGACUUUACUAGGCAAAGGAACAGCAGUAGCUUUGAAGGCUCGUGGUCUUUUCCUAUUGAAAAAGGUGGUACAACAUCAGUUAAUGCUUGUGAGAAGAGCUCCAACAGGAGCUGCAGUAGUGGUUUCAGGAGGCCGAAUCGUGAUGCCUCUGAAGUCAAUAGCAAAAUUCCCAUGACACCGAGAUGCAGCCUGAUGUUUUGUGGCUUCCUAUCUGUGUCUAGCAGGCUGAGCUUUUGUCCUGUGCAUUCUUUCUUGCUCAUCUAUUAAUCAGGAUAAUGCAUGAAAUAGUUUAACAUUUGUAGCUGAAAAGCUUUAAAUGCUCUGUUGCUAACAGACCCAUAGAAGAGAAAUCAUCCCAUUCCUACUCUGAUGAAAUUAAAAAGAAGAGCGUGCAACAUCUGCAUAUUAAAUUCUAGUGUAAGGGAAAAAUAGACUUUAAAAACCAUACAUGUGCCUGUUAGAUUUCUAACUGGUGUUUCAAAUUACAGAGGUAAUUCUGCUAGGUAUAUUAAAUUCCAGAGUAACCAAAUAUGCACGAUUAAGCCCAAAGCAAGGAUUAGAAAUAGGUAUUCUUACUUACACCCUUAAAAAAAAAUUUAAAAAAAUUAAAAAAAAAAAAAAAAGAGAGAGAGAAAGGAAAAUUCAAGGUAAACUAGAACCCAGCCACCACCACCAAAAUCAGAUACUGGGUUUUGGGAUGAAUCCCACUCAAAAUAAUAGCAACACCAAAGUUAAGCAAUUCUGUAGCACCAGUUAUUUCCCAGAGAGGACAGGGUCUAGUCAAGGUUCAGGGUAUACAGUUAAUUUCCAGUAAGUGCUUAGAAUACAGCUGAAAUAUCUCUAUAUUAAAAUAAAGCGAAAUAAACCCAAGCUUUUUGGCACUGAAUAUUUCUCCCCAUUUCCGUAUGUUAAACCCACUUUAAGACUGACAAAACAAUUGCCCGUGAAAACAUAAUCUAAUCUGUGAGUUUUUUGAGUCUCUAGCUUACCUUAAAUUUUAGCAGCUUUCUUUUAAAGUGUUCCAUCCACACAGAGACAUAAUUGACAUGGAAACAUUAAUAAGCUGACAUACAAAGUAUCUUAUGGAUGCAGUCUCACUAGUGCAAGGUUAAUAAAGGACAGUGAUAACUAACUUUUUAGGUUUCUUUCCAGCAAAACACUGCUUUGUAACGUACCUAUAGGUUAGAAAAGAGAGCCUUAUUUAUUUAAAACUUGAGAAUUUAAAAAUGCAGGGAAAUUCAAAGUACAUUGCCGCAUUUUUUAGUAUUUCCAUUGUAUUGUCUUUAGAGACUACUUGCUGAAACCAAAGAGAACUUUCAUACCAGCAUUAAAUUUGCACCCAAUAUGCAAUUUCAGGAUCUCUGAUACACACACGUGCAAGUCCCUCAAUAGGUCUGUGUAUAUAUACAAGCACACACAUUAUUAUGGGGUGCUGUAUGUAUACAUGUGCACACAUGUAUCCACACACACAAAACCCAAUGCACAAGUUGUAGAUUUUAAGUGGUUUGGGUUUUUUUACAUGUCUGUUUAAGUACAUAGAAAUGUUUUGGUUUUUUAUAAGCCAUUAGGAACAAAACCACUCUUCCCGUGAGCAAUAUGCGCCUCAUACUCCGAACAGGCAAAGAACACACUUUUCUUUAAUUAUUUUCAAAAUAUGAAGCAAAUAACUAUGGAACUGCUCAUUCUACCUGUAAAGCUCAUUUACCUCUGAGCAGACUGCCCGGCCACACCGACUGAAGCAUGGACAGGUUACCUGGUGCUCCCUGGCUCGGACCAUUGCCAUUCCUCAGCAAGGGCAUCCUUAACAGGGGGCUCCUUUCUGAUGCUGUGCUUAACGUUACACAGGAAAGCCUAUCUCUGUCUUAUCAGUGUUAAGUCUUUUGGUUCACUUCAUUCCUGAUAAAAUAGUUUCAAAUUCAACAAAGGGACCUAAAAAUCUGCCAGGAAGGUUUAGGAGAGGGAGCAGAACCUGAAACCAUUUGGGAGCACCAGGAGAUGGGGCUUCAGUCAAAGGUGACUCCAUGGGCGAGAGGGCAUUAGGAGCGUUCAUUCGGCUCAUAGCCUGUAUCCAAACCUGACCACAGUAACCCACGAGGGGAGGCUGGCCGAGAGGUGAACUGUCCACAUCCAUCCCCAUUGUAAAUGGCAUUAUUAGCUUUCCAGGAAAAGAAAAAUAACCAAAAAAAAUACCCCCCCUUCAGAGCGACCCAUUCUGCCGCAAUACCCGCACUGCUUUCAGGGGCAUCAGCCUCCUCUCCUUACUCAGGUAAAGCAAUCCCAACAAGAGCCAGCCAGGAACAGGGCUUUUGCUUGAGAAUUUGCUCCUGCUCCCACCGAUGGCAGAAGUGAAUUCCCAAGCAGCCAAAGUGGCUGAGGGUGCCCCGUCACGGGACCAGGCCCAGGACUGCCGCGGGCACUGCUCUUCUCCUGAGAAGGAUUUCAGGAUAAGGCCGUGGUGGUGGCGGGCUCUGCCUGGAGGGAACACUGCUGAGCUUAUACCAAAGAGUCUUAGGACACCUCUCCUCACCUGAGUUGUAAACAAGACAUUUUUACCCCGAGAAACGGUCCUUCUUUCUACUACUCUUCCUCCUAUCCUCCUCCUCUUCCUCCUCCUUUGUACAUAAGGAUGAUAACUAUGCAUUUAGCAAACAAAGAGAAAGCACUUACCCUUUUCUAUCUUGCUGCGUUUGGGUGCAUUCAAAGGCCCAGGGGCUAAUUUUGAGACUUUGCUUAGCCUCCUGGUUUAUUAUUGUGGUGUGGUUAGCUUUACAAUACAUUUGGUAACUAUUUGCUAAAGACAAAGAAGCAAAAGGUAAGGAAUAGCUACUUCCACGUGUUAAAAAAAAAAAAAAAGAAAAAAAAGAAAAAAAAAGUGUGUAAAGAUCUACUAUUUAUAGUGUGAACCAAAGACGCUACCUCACUCGAUUUCCAUUGGUGAUUUUAAUCACAUUGAUGAUACCAAAGAAUACCAAAGAUUUUUCAUGCACGGCCUCAGUCUGGAAAGGGAACUCAUCCUCCUUCUUACCCCUGACCCUCCUCCUCACCUUCACUCAGUGUGUAACCUUGUCUUCAUUCUUAAUGGUAAUGCUAAUAACCUUACGAAUGCUUCUCUUGCUACAACUGCUACUACUGAUGAUGAUAAGGAUAAUAAUAAUAAUAAAGCUCUAGGCAAACAUGUUGCAAACUUUGUAAACUCAUAGGACGAGUGCCUUGCUUGAACCAAAGUGUUAAACCGCUGUUGACCUCUUUAUCUCUCACCUUAUACUCUUUGAAUACCUCAGCCUCUUAGAAAGGCCACUAAUGAAAAAAAGGAAUAAUUCUUCACCGUGGUGCUUUUUGCCGUGCAACCAUGCAAUGAAACUUUCUUUGAUACCAAAGGAAAAUGUUUUUUUCCACUUUCUUGCUGACAAACCAAAGGUUCCCUCUUCUUUCCCCCAAAGCAGCUUGAGUCCCUCAGCCCAGACAGGCCGUGCAUCGCUUUUACCAAUUCCUCCAAAUACCUCAUAGUAAUAAAUCUUUAGGGUUAUGUUGUAUAGAGAGUCUAUGUGAUAAGGCAGAACUUACUAGUUUGAUAAUUGUUAAGGUUACUUAAAAAAAGCUUUAUAAUUCUUAUUUAUUUUGUAGGGGUUGUUUUGUUUGUAUGUUCCUUUUAUAUCGUUUGGUUUGGGUUUCUUCUUUUUUCCUCUUUUUUUUUUUUUUUGGCAGAACUUCUCUGUUAUACUCAAGGAAGAUCUUAUUCCUGGGAAUGUUUCAAAGUGGGUAAAGAUAGCUGUUUGCAAUGAAUGCAAGAAAGGGAAACGUGGCUUCGAUUUCUUUUGUUUCAACUAGGAUGCUUUGUGUUUGCUAGUCGAUGUUCUUUUCACAGGGUAAAAAAAAGAUAUUCUCUGCUGUGAUAAAUGGUUCCUAUUUUUUCUCUAUAAUGUGCUGUGACUUUAAUUUAAUUACAUUUUGUAUACGCUUAUUUAAUCACUGCUUUAAUUUAUGACUAUGUAGUUUAAAAAAAAAGAAAAAAAUGUAUAUAGUAGAUUCAAAAAUGGCCAAAGCUUUAUGUUACAAUCUUUUCAUUAUUGAUGCCGAGAUGAACUGAAGGAGAGUGCUUCUCUUGACUGCAGGGUGUAUCUUCAGCCUCGUCUUGGCAUGCACUUCCACCCGUGUUACAAACACUGCCAGGUUAUCCCCCCGGGCCUCCUUUCUCCCCAACUUGUACAUGCCAAAAUGAGUGUUUCAAGGUAGUACUUUUGUCACUUAGAAAGCAGAAAGGCAUUAUUAGUGUGUUUUUCCUUUAAUUUAUUUGUCUUUUUCUAGAGAGGUUGCUUUGUGGGUGAGACCCACACAUCCAAAGAAUUUAAAAGUCGUUUAAUGUUUAAAAGCACUGGCAUUUGUGAGAGACUUUGCUGAGUUUUUGUUUUCCUUCGCCAUUCACACGGGUAGCGCAAGUAGCGGGCGUACGCCUUGGGAGAAAAGCUAACUUGAAUUUGGAAGCCUUGCUCACGGAAAGGCCUUCGCCAGUCCCCCAGCACCCAGGGCUCUCCUCCCUGGGAUGCAUGCGGGAUGUCCAAGGGGCAGCGGGUGAUGGGAUUGUGCCAGCCACCCCGGCUCAGAGAGUGCUCGAGGGCUUGGGCCACCGCUAUGUCCCUGCUCUCCAGCCAGGGCCCAGGCAGGGAUGGGUCGGGUCCAUGGAUGCUGCCGAGUCCCCUGGGAGCUGUGGCUGCAUCCAGGCUCAGGGACCACGGGAGACCCCCAGUGCCCUGGCUGCCAGAGAAUUGGGAGGGACCUGUGCAGCAUCCCUCUGAGGGGACCGGCACAGCAUCCCUCUGAGGGGACCAGUGCUGGUCUGCCCUGGGCGCCCGCAGCUCGAGGGAGGAAAAAGCAGUUUUGAGUUGAAAAGCAAAAAAAAAAAAAAAUAAAAAAAGGAGUAAUGACAAUGAUAAUUCUGCAAAGCUGAUGAUGGCAUCAUGGCACAGAAAUAGGAUGCCACUCACCUGUAUUUUAUUUGCGUAAAAAAUAGGUUCUGUUUCAACUAAAUGUUGUGUACUGACAUGGUUUGUGAUGACUGUAAAUAUUUCCUUUCCCCACAUGGUAGCUGAGCUCCAGGUGUACCUUGGUUUCCUUUGGGGAGAUAGCAGAGGGAUUGAGGGAGGGAAGGACAAGGGCAGGAUUUGAGCUUUUGGUCAGAAGUUACACUUUCUAGAUACAUUUUUGUACUUCAAGUAUUGAAAUGGGGCAAUAAAGAUGCUCUGAAAUGCAGGAUCAUUAAAUGGUCUGUUGGUAAGCAUUGGCUAAAUGUCUGGUUUUAAUACCUAAAUUAAUGCCGUGCAAUGAGUUACGCUUCACAUAGAGGGGGGAGGCAAAGUUUUAGUCUACGAAUCCAGCAUGAGCCAUCGAGCACUGGACAGAACCGUACUCAUGAAGACAUGGUUUCCUUUCCUGUUCCAGUACUUUGACUUUUCACAGCCUGUUCUGCAUUUAUCUCAUCCUCCCCAUGGAACCACAUUAGUUUUGCAGUCUGACCCGAACAACAGUAUUAAAUGAAAAUAAACGUUAAAGCAUUGUGUUUUACUUGCUUUGGUAGUUGUCUUCGUAACCCCCUGCCCACAGUCCAGUCCCAGCUGAGCCGGAGCCUGGGUCCCCCUUGUCGUCCCCCCGUUCCCCCCCCCCGCCUCCCUGUUAGCUUCAUCCGCUGCCGCGCAAAGAGGGCGCCAGAGACAAUCACAGGUCCCAGAUCCGUAGAGGUAGGAAUUCUUCCAAGAGCAAGAGGGAGUUGUUCUUCCAGAGCAAUGAAACAAAACCAAAAGAGAAAAAAAAAAAAAAAAAAAAAGAAAAUAGAAAAAAAAAAAAAAAAUAAAGAAACCAAGCGAAGAUUUUGAUAAACAACAACGUUGCUGUCAUUUUUAGUUUGCCCAUUAGGAAGCAGUAGUAGUUUAUGCGUUGCAUCUGCAUUUCAGACUAAGUGAUUAUUGUACCUAAUUACGGUUGAUUGCUGAUAUUUCCUCAAUCUCUCUCUCUUAGUCAAGCGCUUCUUCUUCUGUAUUUUUGUGUGUAGCGAUGACAAGUGUAAUGCGCUAGGCAUUAUUCUGGUUUGGUUAUGAGUAUCUCCUGUACUGCGUUAAGAUUUCUUUCAGUUACUUUUUUUAAGCUUUGCUACUGUUCUCACUUUAUGCCGUGCAAUAUCAUCUGCUGUGUUUGCUAAGCAAAGAAAAAAAAAGAGAAAAAAACAACAAAAAAAGGAAAAAAAAAGAAAAAGAUAAAAAAAAAAAAGAAAAAAGCAAGUGAUGAUGUCAUCAUGCUUUUCAGUGUUACAAUGUUUCAGCGUUACAAUGUUUCAGCGUUUAUGUAGUCACAAAAAUGUAGUAAAUAAAAGGUUGGAUUUUCCAGCACUUUAAAUUUA